AUGGUAGCAGGGUUCCGUAUCGUCUACCUCUGCCUGACUACGACUACAGUAAAUGGUCUGCGCUGGACAACGCGAACGCAGCCUCCGAUAGCCUUUGCUUUGUCCUCCUGCUUUCCUAAAUCGUUUCGCUCUAAUUUCCACACUAGUGCAACUCAAGCGCGUCUCAUGAGUAGCAAUGACAAGAAUAUCGACACAGAAAGCGUUGGGAAGUCCGAUAUUGGCGCUGCCACUCAGGACGCCGACCCACCCGCCGAUACGGCCAUGAAUCGUUCAUGGAGAUCCUUGUUGGAGGUUUCCAGCAACAAAAGUCGCAAAACACGAGGCUCCAACUAUGUGCAACUGGCAACUUUUGAUCCAGAAGCAAAUCAACCCAAAUGUCGAACAGUUGUUUUUCGUGGGUUUCAGAAACUCCCUCCUGAUCACAAGUACGCUAGUGAACUGGACGGGAAAAGUUGUGUCAUGAAGAUGAUAACCGACAUUCGGUCUCACAAGGUUAAGCAAGUCGAGGCUAGCGAAGAUAGUGCCGCAGAAAUGGUGUGGUGGUUUUCUAAGACCAGUGAACAGUACCGUGUUCAAGGAAAGCUCUUGUUCGUUGGUGGUGGAAAUUUUUUGGACGAUGGGGAUCGAGAAUUGGCCAUUGCUCGAAAGGAAAUAUGGGGCAACAUGAGCGAUUCAGCACGUGAGGGCUUCUUUGACGAGCAUACACCAGGCGAGCCGUACUCGGGUGACAAAAAGACGGAUCUACCUUCGGGAGGGCGAGACACGGACGGAAACUUGCUACCUCCACCCGAUAACUUCUUAUUGAUGCUAUUAAUCCCCAAUGAAGUCGAUUAUUUGCGACUGACAGACAUGUAUCGCCAGGCUGAUAGGCUUGGAGAGGAUGGAUGGUCUUUCGAACGAGUCAAUCCAUAGCAUAACUUUAAUCCAAUAGCGCAGCCGA